CGCAAGGAGGGAGGCGGCCCGGGGAAGCCGUGUCGGCGCAUAUAAAGCGCUGCCGUCGGGCCGGGCAGCGCUGACCGUUCCCGGGACCUUGCUGCCAGCCGUCCCUCCCGCCCGCCACCGCGACAUGGCCGCUGGCCGCCGCCUCCCGCUACCCGCGCUGCUGCUGCCGCUGGCCUGUGCCGCCUUGGCGCCGCGCGGCCUCACAGAGAAGCAGCGCGCCUGCCUGCUGCCCCCCGACGACGGGCCGUGCCGCGCCCUGGUGCCGCGCUGGUACUACGACAGGUACACGCAGAGCUGCCAGGAGUUCAGCUACGGCGGCUGCCACGGCAACGCCAACAAUUUCCUCAGCUACGACGACUGCGAGAAGAGCUGCUGGACCAUCAAGAAGGUGCCUAAACUGUGCCGGAUGGAGGCUGACACAGGGCCCUGCCGAGGACACAUAAGAAGAUAUGCCUUCAACUUGAGUUCAAUGAAGUGUGAGGAGUUCGUCUACGGGGGCUGCUACGGGAACGGCAACAACUUCAAGGACCUGCAGUCCUGUGUGGAUCACUGUCUUCCAGAGAAAACUGGCCCCUUGUUAUGCUAUAGCCCAAAAGAUGAAGGAUUGUGCUCCUCUUCUGUGCCCCGUUAUUACUAUGACACCACAAGUAAAUCAUGCAAGGAGUUCAAGUACACUGGCUGUGGUGGAAAUGCCAACAACUUCGUUACUGAAGUAGAUUGCUACAAUGUCUGUAGAAAAGGGAGUCAGAAACCAACUAUCAACAAGCCAAGAAAUCUACUCCGCAGAAAAAUGAUGAGAAAACUGAUCAAAAAGCCUCAGACACAUAACCUGAAGUCUUAAAUCUAAUGUGCCUUUGAGUGUUUGAAACACUUUGACUCUUUUUUUUUUUUUUUUUUUGUAUUAUAGUUUCCACAGAUUUAUACGUUGACAUAUAGUUCUGUCUUUCAGAACUGCUUGUUUUCCAACUUACUUUUUAUAAAGGACUGCGUUUAAUAGAAGCAGAAUGAACCUAAUUAUGGUUCUUCUACUCUGUUGUAUUCACAGUAAUACUUUGCCAGACAUUUAGAUUUCCAUGUUUUUAUGGGGGAAUAUUACUACUGCCUUGGGAGAAUAUUUCAGCUGUUAAAAUCAGUUAAGACUUGAAAAAAGUUGUCUUAGUUACACUAAGGAGAAUACAAAGCAAAGUCUCUGCAAUGGAACUUUUUCUGUUUAUACAUCUUCUGCUUGCUAAAGAAGAUGUGUGAAGAGAAGUGUGUUCAGAGGUUCAUAGCUCUGCCAUUUCACAUAUUUUGACACUGUCUUUACAGUCUUUACCCUUUACAGUCGCACUGAUAGUCAAAACCUUUCAGCCUUUGUAACAAGAAAUAUAAACAUAAAUCUGGUUCAUCCCACAAAAGAGAAUUGGGAUUAGGGAUAUUAUGCCAAAUACUCCGACAAAAACAAUGAGUAACCUGCUUGAGUAUUAAAAGAAAAAUGUAGAUGUUACUUAGUUGAAAUUUCGAACACCAUGACAAAGUCAUGCUCCAGAUUCUCUUGUGACAGAAAUCAGCAUUUUUCUUUUUUUUUUUUUUUUU